AUGAAGGUUUCAUCAAAGUGUUCAACACGACCUCCUGAUCAAGUUGUCAAUCUUUUCAGACUUACGCCAUCCUCGGAAUAUAUUAAGAUAAAAGAUUAUUUUGAGGCUCAUAAUUCGGGUGUAAAGUACGGAAACGGAGUGUACUUUGAAAAAGAUGCGUGGUAUGCUUUAAGGUACUCUCUUCGUCAGUGUUCUGGAUCACGGCCAAAGAUGUACAUCGCAAAAGUUCUCGUUGGAAAGUACACUAGGGGUAAGGAAGGGCUUAAGGCACCACCAUCAAGAAAUGAUCCUAAAAAUCCAGGUUUACUUUAUAAUUCUGUUUUGGACGACCCCAACAAUCCAAAAAUGUUCGUCAUUUUCCAAGACAACCAAUCGUAUCCUGAGUAUCUUAUAACAUUAAACAGACAAUGA